UACCUUCAUUUAUAUAAACUGAUGGAAAAAUAUUAAUUGUUUCGUCGUAAAACAAACAGAAAUAUAGUAGAUUUGCAUGUACUGACAAGGAAAAUUAUUCCUAUUCACGCGAAUUGGUUGAAAGAAAAUUAAUUAUAUUUAUUAAAAAAUCAAUAGAAGUGUUGUUGACGUACACUUGCAGACAAGUUUUUCAACGCAGUUAAAGUGCAUGAAAAAUACUAUUCUACUCACUAUUAUAGAAUAAUUCAACUGUGCACUUGCUAGGAAGAAGCAGGAUGUCUUGGAGCAAACACGUCGCAGUUAGCGGACUCUUACUUUUGGCGCUGCUGCUCGAAGCGUCCAAGUCGCAGCCGACAAAAGCCCCGUACUCCUGGUAUCCGAAAUACCAUCUGGCCUCGGUGAAGGGCUGGAUGAACGAUCCGAACGGCCUGAUCUACCACAAGGGCUACUAUCACGCCUUCUGGCAGCAUUACCCGGACGCGCCGAGCUGGGGCCUGAUGCACUGGGGCCACGCGCGCAGCCGCGACAUGCUCAACUGGGAGCAUUUGCCGAUCGCCCUGGCGCCCUCGCUCCCGGACGACAUCGACGGCAUCUUCUCGGGCUCGGCGAUCGUCAAGGACGACAAGCUGCACCUCAUGUACACCGGGGUGAGCCUCGACAACAAGCGCCAGAGGCAGAUGCUGGCCGUCUCGGACAGCGAGGAGGACGACCGGUUCCGCAAGCUCGGCACGGUCAUCGUGCGCGACGGCAGCGAGCUGAAUUUCCGCGAUCCCAAGGUCUGGCAGGAGGCCGACGGCACCUAUUGGGUCAUCGUAGGCACCCAAACGCCCGACGGCCGUGGCGAGGUGCUGCUCUACAAUUCGACCGAUCUGAUGAGCUGGACCUACGAUCGGGUCUUGGCCAGGUCCGAGAAAAAGUACGGAUUCAUGUGGGAGUGCCCGGACAUGAUAAGCCUGAACGGCAAGCGUCUCCUGCUGGUCAAUCCGCAGGGUAUGGAGCCGGCCGGCUACGAUUACCAGAAUCUCUACCAGACCGGAUACUUCGUGGGCGAGUGGCAUCCCGGCAGCGACUACAAGAUCGAGCGCGAGUUCCGCGAGAUCGAUCACGGCCACGACUUUUACGCCGCGCAAACCUUCCUGGCGGCCGACGGCCGAAGGAUCCUCAUCGGCUGGCUGGACAUGUGGGAGUCCGAGUUCGCGGAGAAACGCGAGGGCUGGGCUGGACAGUUUUCGCUACCAAGGGAGCUCACUUUGAACGACGCCGGUGAUCUGGAGAUCAGGCCCAUCAAAGAAGUCAAGGAAGCUCGCAAGAAGCGUAAAGCUGCAACCCUCGAAUCCAGCGAGCCUGCCAAGUCGUCGGAACAAGCUGAUGCAGCAGGCGAACGGGUGUUUCUCAGCGGCGAGCAGUUGAAUCGAAACGAGAUCGUCGUUGACUUCAACUUGAAGGAGACGACUUGCGAGGAAUUCGGCAUCCAGCUCAAGGGCAACGACGAGCAAUUCGAGGGAGUCAAGAUCUACGUAGAUCGCGAGAAAAGCCGAUUGUUCCUCGAACGAUUUUAUCCCAAAUACAAUAUUGAACGAUCCUCCAGAAGUGUACCGAUCGAUUUGUCCAAGCCUGAAUUAUCCUUGGAUAUUUUCAUUGACAGCUCGUCUAUUGAGGUUUUCGUAAAUGAUGGACAGGCAGUGAUGAGCAGCAGAAUUUAUCCAAAUGAAGACCAGAGACAAUUCAGUAUGUAUGGAACCAAAGGAUCACUCAUCUUAAAGGAAUUUAAUGUUUAUGAUUUGUAAUAUGAUACCAAAUUACUAAUAUUUAGAAAAAUUAGAAAAAAUUAUUUUGUAUGGGAGCGUAGUAAAAAUAUUUUAUAGUAUAAAUAGCCAUUUACUGAAA